UCAGGAGCAGCCAGUUAAUGUCUCCGUAUACGUGCUCAUGUUUGAGUUUUGUCUCAUACUGUCCUCCAUUCAAGCACAGCAGGCUAGACAGGAGGACAAAACCUGGACAUCUGAACCUUAGAAGAUUUUCCUAUAGACACUCAAUAAUCUCCCAGCAUGUUCUCAAAAUGUAAAAUCGUCUCGUUUACCUGCCUUUUGCUCCUGACAACGCUGUUUCCAGUGGUCUGGUCGCGUCGGGGCGGGGGCUUUGGCCGUGGCGGGGGCAACAGAAAUGGAGGAUGGGGUGGCUCCAAUCGUGGAGGCUGGGGUGGAGGGGCUGGCCAGCCCUACCAUGUUCCUCCCGUCCAUACUGGAGGUUCCUCUGGAUCUAGUGCUGGGAGGGUAGCAGGGGCCGCAGCUGCUGGAGCUCUGGGAGGCAUGCUGAUAGGUCAAGGCUUGAGCUCUAUGGCCCGACCUGGAUAUGGGUACGGAGGAUACGGAGGAUAUGGACAUGGGUAUGGGCAUGGCUACCCCAGGUAUGGAGCAGGACAUGGGGGUGGGUAUUCAGGAGAUCUCAAUGCAGGGGAGUUCCGAAAUGAGACCGAUAUGGAAUAUUACAUGGGAGCGGCGUCAGUUGGACCCAUUUACAGUUGUGUUACAGUCCUGGGACCUGUGAUGACAUUCUUACUUGGGCAAUAUCUGUCAUAGGGGUGCUUUGGCACAGGGCUUUGAACCUGCUCUUACCUGGACACUUCUAUUUUUUCUAUCAAUAUCUGGCAGAUGCCGUAUUAAAUUAUGGGCUAAAUGUAAAUAAAAAGCACAAUUAGAAGUCAUUUCAUAGGGUAUUCAUUUUGCUCUGUAUAUGAUCUCUCCCCUAAAGAUUUCUGUAAAAUUGACAACACAAAAACAGGGUUACAUUUACAUUUGUUUGAUUGGCAAACAAGGCUUAUGGUAAAAUCACAUUAAACUAUCAUGAGCGUUGAGGACAAAUCUUGUUAAACAGCUCAAAUGCUCUCUACCUCACAUUACCCAGGCUCUUUAACAAGCACCCGAAUCUGUUAAGAUCUCAUUGCUUUUGCUUUUACAACCUCUUUAGAUGUGUUAAUCAGUAUGCAUGUUUAUUUUUGUACUGCUAGAAUAAUUUGAUAUUCUAUCAUAAUCACUUGACUUUGUAAUUUUCAAAUCCAGGUCAGUAAUACUGUCUAUUGUCUGUGUAAACAACAGUAGUAAACAAGGCAGACAAAGUCUAACUAGC